AUGGGCUCCGAAGAGCGAGGCUUCCUCGUGCCUGCGCACUUCAAGGAAGAGCCUCCUUCCGACUCCGAUAUGCAAUUCGCUUCUAUUAUCUGGGGUUUAUCACUCGGCGUUUCCAUCUUCAACUCUGCAAAGGCCGUUCGUCAAACGCAGACGGCUAUCCAACGACGAAAAAGACUGACUGCUUAUAUCGCUUUUAUCUGGGCUGAGGUUAUCUCGAGUACUGCUCUUGGAAUCCUGGUCUGGAUGUACCUCCGGGGAUUUAUACAGCCUAGUUUUCAGUAUUACUUCUUUAUCAUCGUCUUUUGGUCGAUACAAGUUCAAUGUCUGAUCCAAAUUAUCAUCAAUCGAGUCGGUCUUCUAAUGGUCGUCCGCCGCAAUGCAACCAUACUCAAGUGGACAUGCUUCUUCAUCCUCCUAGCCAUCAACAUCAGCGUCUUCUCAGUUUGGAUCCCAGCGCGCCUUCAAAUCAGUGAGACAUUUAUCCAUGUCAACGAAGUCUGGGAUCGACUCGAAAAGGUCCUCUUUGCACUUAUGGAUGCGGUUCUCAACUUUUACUUUAUCUGGGUUGUUAAGAAACGCCUUGUUGCGAACGGUCUGCAAAAGUACACAAGGUUAUAUCACAUGAACAUGUUCCUCGUCGGAAUCUCGAUUGCGUUGGAUGUCCUCCUUAUUGGUAUGAUGUCUCUACCGAACAGCUUCGUCUACGUCCAAUUCCACCCGCUCGUGUAUCUAUGCAAACUUCACAUCGAAAUGAACAUGGCCGAUUUGAUCGGCAAGGUUGUCCGUGCCGGCAACAACUCUGGCGAUGGCGAGCACGACUACAGUUCCCGCUCCCGUACGACGAACAAGAACAGCACUCGCCCCGGUCGUUUUGCAGGCGGCCUUACAAGAACGCACAUCGAGCUCGGCGAGGAGGACGAGAUAGAGCUCAAGCAUCGCGAAAAUCUUGCGGGCAUCAAAAAGACUGUUGUGACACACGUCGUUAGAUCGCCGAAUAGCGAACCGCAGAGUGAGCAGGAGGAUGAGAUUAUGGAACAUCACGAGAGGGCUGUUAGUGAAGCCAGUUCUUCGAUUCCGAGACAUGAACCUUAUAGCAUUGAGCAUGCGAAAUAA